CUUUGUCUGAAAUUAUUUCCCAUUCAGAACUUGAUCAGGAUGGAGAUGGCAUCUUCUCCGAGACAGAGGCACAGGCUGUACUGGGUGGGUCUAGUCGGGUCGACUUCACUGCUUUCCAGGAUGUUCUGUGGGUCAACAUCAGAGAAAAAUACAAAUCUGAGAUCAUAGAGGAUGAUCUUCCCAUAGAGUCAAAACAUGAAGUAGAUGGUGGUGUGCAGUCCAAAGAGGUAAAGGUUGAAACUUCUCUUGAGGAAGAUGAUCAUUCAUAUGACAAAGAUGACGAUGACGACGAGGAGGAUGACAGAGAUGAUGGAGAUAGGGAUGAUGAGGAGGAAGAGGAGGAUUAUGAAGAUUCUGUAAAGGCUCCUGUUGGUAAACCUGGUACAAGCAGUUCUGCCAAAGAUGAAGAACAGAUGCCAGACUAUGAUGAAGAGACACAGGCUGUUGUUAAUGAUGCUGAAGAUGCCAGAGACAAAUUCAAAAUGGCAGAAAAAAAUCUUGGGGAAACUGAGGCCGACAUUAGAAACCUGGAAAAAGAACUAUCAUUAGACCUCGGACCGAAUGAUGAAUUUGCAUACAUGUAUGGCAACUGCUAUGAACUGACAAAUGAGUACAUUUAUCGAUUUUGUCCAUUUGACAGGGUUACUCAGAAGCCUAAACAGGGAGGUAUAGACACUAAUUUAGGGACCUGGGAUUCUUGGGCUGGUCCAGAAGGUAACAAAUAUAGUCUGAUGAAAUAUGAAGGUGGAACAUCCUGCUGGCAGGGACCAAACAGAUCCACAAAGAUAAAGCUUGUGUGUGGUAAGGAGACGAUGCUAACAUCGUGCACAGAGCCAAGCAGGUGUGAGUACCUGAUGGAGCUGCAGACCCCAGCUCUUUGUGAAGAGCCUGACAAUGUUCCUGCCGAACAUGAUGAACUCUAAAUGUGUUUUUUCAAGUUUCCAGUGCAUUGUUUAAAUUCAAGAGAAGACCUUUCUGCACAUAGUUUGCAGGAUCUGAUUUACACACGGAGCACAUUCAAUUCUCUACAGCAGAUGGUGAGGAGUGGACGUUCUUGUGCCUGCUUGAAACAGAUUUCUGAUACUAAAGAAGUUAAUUAAUGAACAUCAUGUGCUGAAUAAAACCUGAUUUGUCUUGUUCCAAAAUGAUUUUUUACCUCCUUCUUGCAAUGAUUACUAGAUUUUCGUUAAAUAAAAUAAAUUACAAUUUUAAAUAAAAAAAUUGCCUAUU